AUGGAUGCGAUCAUCAACUUCUACGCUGAGGACUACGGCAAGCUCUACCGAUCUUGCGGCAACUGCAAGAGCCAGUGCAAGCGCAACGUCUACGUGGAGGGCGUGACCGCACGCAACGGUGGUGAACUUGUUGGCAUCAACUCGAACUUCGGCGACACUGCGACGCUCAAGAACGUCUGCACCGAUACCAAGAACCCGUGCGUGCUCUACGAUGGAUGUGCUGGCGGCUGCGAGCCCAAGAAGAUUGGCACUUGCUCCGGAUAA